AUGCUUGAUCCAAAUCAUCUAUCGACGAACAACAAUAUUAGUAGACAACAAAGUUUUAAAUUCUUGGUUGUUGAUUCAGGACCUUUGAUUAAAGGUGUUGAUGUUCGUCAUUUAGCCGAGAAGAUUUAUACUGUACCAGAAGUACUUUUGGAAAUUCGUGACAAACAUUCCCGCGAUUUUUUAACACAAAUUUCUUUUGACAUUGAAACUAUACGUCCCGAUAGCGAGGCUUUGAAUGAAGAUUAUGCAAGUUUAUCUGCCAUUGAUCUGAGAGUUUUGGCAUUAACAUAUAUGCUUGAAGUUCAAGUAAAUGGUGCGGAACGAUUACCCGGAAAUGAUACACAAUUUGGUAACAAUCAUAAAAAUUUGAAAAAAGUUGAAAAUGGUACACAAUUUGGUGAUAAUAAUAAAAACUUGAAAAAGGUUGAGAAUGAAAAAGUUGAAAAUGAAAAGGUUGAGAAUGAGGAGGUUAAAAAUGAGGAAGUUGAAAAUGAAAAGGUCGAAAAUGAGGAAGUUGAAAAUGAAAAGGUUGAAAAUGAAACAAUUGAAAAUGAAAAGGUUGAAAAUAAAAAGGUUGAAAAUGAAAAAAUUGAAAAUGAAAAGGUUGAAAAUGAAAAGGUUGAAAGUGAAAAGGCUGAAAAUGAUACAUACACUUAUAAUAUAAUAAAAUAUCAGGAAAAAGAGCAAAAUUUUGAGAUAAAAACAAAGAAAGAUGAAGAUGCGAAUAUUAAAUAUUCAAUACCAAACCCAAAAGGUGGUCGUCAAGCCAACAAUCUUAUUCUUCGCGAAGAUCAAAAAGAGUAUCAAAAUGCCUUGAAGAGUCAUCGUAAGCAAAAAGAAGUGGAUAUAUUUGAUCCUGAUUAUGUUCCUAAACUUUUCAUUGGAUCAGAAUUUUCCACUUCUUGUGGAGUUCCAGUGAUUGGUUAUGGUCGUAGAAAUCCUAACGAAGCCAUACGAGGAAAGGGGAAAGGAAAGAAAAGACGAUGA